CCAAAUUAUUCACUGCAGCUGCAUAAAUUCCAAAUAUUUUUCAGAAGAAUGAAAAAGUAUCGAUAGAAACAGCGAUAGUUUCAUAAAUAUGCCGGAACGUAAAAACAUACGCGAAAGUGACUCUGUUAGGGUCGUUGUAAGAUGUCGUCCUAUGAACUCAAAAGAGAAACAGAGUGAUUGUAAACAGGCUGUUAAGAUUGAUUCUGUCAGAGGACAGGCUGUUGUGACAAAUCCAAAUGGUGCCCAAGGUGAGCCACCCAAGACAUUCACGUUUGAUACGGUCUUUGGCCCUGACUGCAAACAAGUAGACGUUUACAAUGAAGUCGCUAGACCACUUGUGGAAUGUGUUCUGGAAGGAUUUAAUGGUACUAUAUUUGCGUAUGGACAGACUGGAACAGGAAAGACAUUUACUAUGGAGGGUGUGAGAUCCCAACCUGAGCUCAGAGGCAUCAUACCCAACUCAUUCGCACACAUAUUUGGCCACAUUGCCAAGGCUGAAGGAGACACGAGGUUUCUUGUGAGGGUCUCAUAUCUGGAAAUCUACAAUGAGGAGGUUCGUGAUCUGCUGGGCAAGGACCAAAACCAGAGGCUUGAGGUGAAAGAAAGGCCAGAUGUUGGUGUGUAUGUUAAAGAUCUCUCAGCCUUCGUUGUUAACAAUGCUGAUGACAUGGACAGAAUCAUGACUCUUGGAAAUAAAAAUAGGCAAGUUGGAGCAACAAAUAUGAAUGCAACCAGUUCCCGGUCUCAUGCUAUAUUCACAGUAACCAUAGAAUGCAGUGAGAAAGGACCAGAUGGGAACCAACAUGUCAGAGUUGGAAAACUUCACUUGGUUGAUCUUGCUGGUUCUGAACGGCAAGCAAAGACAGGAGCCACGGGUAUGCGUCUGAAAGAAGCGACAAAGAUCAACCUGUCUCUCUCUACUUUGGGUAAUGUCAUCUCAGCUCUUGUUGAUGGCAAGAGUAGUCACAUUCCAUACAGAAAUUCCAAGUUGACUCGACUCCUACAGGAUUCAUUAGGUGGCAACUCUAAAACAGUCAUGUGUGCCAACUGUGGUCCUGCAGAUUACAAUUAUGAUGAAACUAUCAGUACGCUACGUUAUGCUAAUCGUGCAAAGAAUAUUAAGAACAGUGCUAAGAUCAAUGAGGAUCCCAAAGAUGCUCUACUGAGGCAGUUCCAGAAGGAGAUUGAACUGUUGAAGCAACAGUUGGAGGAUGGUGGAGUAUCAGGUUCUGGAUCUGAAGAGGAGGAGAGUUCUGAAUAUGAAACAGAUGAGGAGGCUGGAGUGGAUGCUGAUGGACAGAAGAUAAGGAAGAAGAAAAUCAAGAAAAAGAAAGGGAAAAAAGGUGGCAAGUUAUCCAAGGAAAAGAUGACAGAGAUCCAAGCUAAGAUUGAAGCAGAUAGGAAGAUGUUGGAGUCCAAGGUUGACAUGGAGGAAGAAGAAAGAAACAAAGUAAAAGCUGACUUGGAGGAGAAAGAAUCUAAGCUGAAACAUGCACAAGAUGAGCAGGCAGCCUUGGCUCAGAAGCUUGCUCAGGUGGAGAAGAAGAUCAUAGUGGGAGGUGAGAACUUGUUAGACAAGGCUGAGGAGCAGGAGAGGCUGUUAGAAGAGAGUGCCAAAGAACUUGAUGAGAGGAGACAGCGUGAGGAGAAUAUGAGGAAACAAUUACAGGAGAAAGAGCAAGAGAAAAUAGAAAUAGAAGAGAAGUACUCAACUCUACAAGAGGAAGUAGCGGGGAAAACAAAAAAGUUAAAGAAAGUUUGGACCAUGUUGAUGCAGGCAAAAUCAGAGAUAGCAGACAUACAGCAGGAACACCAGAGAGAGAUGGAAGGCUUGCUAGAGAAUGUAAGACAGCUGAGUAGAGAGCUACGCUUGCAGAUGGUCAUCAUUGACCAGUUCAUACCCCCAGAAUAUCAGGAAAUGAUAGAGCAGUAUGUCCACUGGAAUGAGGACAUUGGUGAGUGGCAGUUGAAGUGUGUAGCAUACACUGGCAAUAACAUGAGGAAACAAACUCCAAUGCCAGAGAAAGAGAAAGAAAAGGUUGACUUUGAUCUCUCCAAUGUCUACCUCAGUUAUAACACAAAUUGCCCAGGGGAACCAAUAAAACCGAAAACAUCGAAAUCCGGGCGACCGAAAACAGCGUCAAAACGCCCCAAAUCUUCACGGAGAAAGCAACAAAGUAUAGAAUCGUUACUCCAAUAGGGACUCACACACCAGAAGGACAACAUAUACCAGGACACUGUCCCACUAGACCUGCGAUCCAGGGACAACCUACACUGGGACGUUAAUUCUCAGGAUAAGGUACCCCAGGAUAUUAAUUCCCAGGACAAACUAGGCCUGGAGCUUAGUUCCCACAAGCAAAAACUCUGUGAGAAUUGCAAACAGAGGGGCAGUGUUAGCCAGGAAGAUGACACUAUUAAGGAUAAAGACAGUGUCUUAAAUGCUAUAGACACUGGAGACAUUGAUCCCACACAGGUCAUUCUUAUGACUCUAGUCUCAAUGUGUUUCAUUCUUUACUGGCUUUUUGUCGAGGAAUAUGAUAGCAAGCAGUGUAAAUGUUAAGUCAAAAACAAACAGGAUUGAAAUAAUCUGAAGCAUAUCCUUCUUUCUCAAAAUUACUGGCUAUUUGUGGAAGGUCAUGGUAACAGUAGAUCAAAUUUCUGUGUCACCACCCCCCCCCCCCUCAAUACACAUCUCCAUGUUCAUCUUCAAACGCUGAACAAUAGAGAGAAUGGGGAGGGG